UCCCCUCAUAGCAGAAGAUCACCCACGCCACCACCCACUCUACCACCUCUAUCUUUGUCUGAAGAGGAACAGCCGACCGAUAUACCUUUUCUACAUUCUCCUACGACUGCAUCUCAGUCGAUUGAUAUUGAUCGACCAUCACUCACUAGCUCAGCAUCGUUAUCCCAUCGCGAGAAUCGUGGACUGAAUGCCCCACCUCGCCUUCCUUCACCGGUAUAACGCAAAUGACGUUAACGAAACUCCUAUGGGUCAAGGGCGUUACGUUUCCUUCAGAGAACGACUCAACACCGCCGUUGGACUCCUCGAAGCCGAUGACGUUUCCUCAUUCCGAGAAAGGCUAACGUCUGCAUUGGACGCUGUUAGGACAGACGAAAGGGAAACUGACAUUGAGAGCAGCAAUCUUCCGGGUAGCUCCCGUCACACUCAACAAUACAAUGAUCGAGCGCCACCCGCCCCAUCCGGUGCUUCUAGUUCUCGGCCGUGGCGGACAUUGGUCUUAAACAACAUGAGAAAUGGCGCUGAUGAGACGGCCAAUCUCUCUCCUCGAACGAGGGAUAUCUUCAAUUCGCCUUCUCCGUCACCCGACCCUACAUCGUUGUCCAAUUCCGAGUCCAGGAUCCGGCCGUUAUAUCUUGCGUCUCAUUCCGUCCUUUCGAGACCCAGAGACUCCUUUUCACGAUCCGUCUCCCCGUCCGGACUUGGAGACACAACUACUGGACCUCUUACUAGUGAACGUCAGAAUCGCUAUAAUUCCACUGAGCGUUCCAGUCGAGCACUCGAACCUAUACCCACCACCCGAUCUCAUCGACACCCUUCGCCUCAGCAAUCUACAGGUUUAACAGUUCCUCGUCGACCACCCUCUCAAUCGAUUGAGCAAUUGUCUUCUGUCCCGGUAUCAGUCCCUUUCAAUCGCGAAUUGGCCAGAUGGUUUGAAGUUUCUGCUGAUACCACAGUACCAGAACACCCUCCAUCUUCAUCUGUCGCUGCCGCCGCAAGGAGCAUAACACCUCUUCCUCUUUCAGACACUGAUGACGAGUGGGUAAAUCUUGGCAGUCGUGGACUGCGGGGAGCAAUACCAGAGUGGGCUUUCGCUUUUCCAAGAACCAAUAGAUAUCUUGACCGUGGCGAAGAUGAUGAUCAAGAUCAAGAAGAUGAGGACAUCAUUGCGGGCCUCUUGUCCUCUACACAUGAAAGGUCGAAUUACGAAUCGACAACUUCGGCGACAAGAACGAAUACUUCAUCUCGAAGUACUCGAGUCCCUCCUUCAUUGGCUUCGUUGAUGGCCAGAGAUCAUUUGUUUUCUGAUCAAGAUAAUGACCGAGACGAUGACAAUGUCACCGUACGUGCAUCAGAUUCCAUCGAGGUUAAUCGUACAGAAAGAUAUCGGGAUUCAUCAGCUCCGAGACGUUAUACGGAUGUUCUCUCCAUUGCAGAUUAUCGUUCACAGUUACUUGCUGAUGCCCAAAGGCGGAGAUAUAUCGAGCAGGGAUCAGUUGAUCCUCGCGAGAGCCUUGAAAGUUGGACUUCGUCCAAUCAGGAACACAGACGAAGCACUACAAAUAAUGCGAGCAACUUUGACCAAGACGAACGGUCUUCCGCUGGAUAUAGAUUAACAGCUCACACAGAAGAUGAGAGCUCAUCUCUUGCCUCCGUUCGAUGGCAAUUCUCUUGGAAUGAUGCGCUGGGUCUGGAUCAAUCGGAACUGCGUCAAGAUGAAGCUCGCGCUUUCCAAAGAGAGCGCGGAAGAUUAGACGGGCGCUCGCAAAUACCAACAAACGUUCCGAGGUCUUCCCUUUUUGGCAGGAGUAUGCGGGAUGAAAAUCCAUUGAGCAAUAAUGCUCAAAACAUCGAUGAAAGUUCAGGCGUUUCCAGAUGGGAACCGCGACGCAACGAGCAAAACAUCAACGGUGACCUUGCAUACCAGCGUUUGCGUUCUCGUGUCUUUGGCUCUACCCGAUCCAGUGCUUCGAACUCCCUUGUUGCAGAGAACGCUGCAGAAAUCAGGCGCCGUAAUGCUCGUGCGGACCUGAUGGAACACCUCUUUCAUGAUGAUACGAGUCGACCAUCAAAUCGGCCCCUCAAUAGGGAUCAUGCUCGAAACACUGAUAGUUGGCGUUCGUCUGUUAUAGGUCACCGGGAGUCCUUUCCAAGUCAGCGUUCUAUCCCUUACCAACGUCGAAGUCCUAGCCCAUCCGAUUUCCCUCGAUCUAUUGCUGAUGUACUUGAUGCCACUGAUCAAGAAUUGGAAGAGCAGGAGCGCCGCACUCGCGAGGAAGAAGCUGAUGUUUUACCUCGUCGUUCUAACAGUCUUUCAUGGCUCCCGCCACCGCAAUUUGGAUUUGAUCAGUCCCUCUCAGAAACGCUCGUGGGAUUUUCAUCAGAUCUUAAUACGGCGAAUUCUUCAGAGGGUGGACGGCUGCCUGAGAUUGACUGGCUGCGUCGUCGGUCGCUGGCCAUGAGUAGGUUUAGACAUUCCGAUGACACUCGCGCUCAAACGCACUCGACACCAACUGAAUUCGAGCGUUCUAAUCGUAUCACACCUUUUCCGCGGUCUCGUGCUCCUAGUUCAUCUUCCAGAGUUGCACCCUCAUCUGAGUCAUCUGGUUUCUUCGAUUCCCGACAUUCAUCUAUAACUGAUAUCGCAAGGACAAUCAAUGACAGAUCCAAUCUCCUAUCUUCCAGGACACAACUUUUAAACGACUCCGAUCUCGAAACAUCACCUCGCACAGUUCCAAAUGACGCUAAUCUUCGCCGCCCUCUGCGCACUUACCCCCCACGCAUUGACGCAGAACGCCGUAAUAAUUCUGCACCUUUCAUUCCACCGCCAGAUCUAGGUUCUCUGUUCUCUCCUAAUGAUCUAUCCACAAGCUCUUUCCAAUCCUCAGUCUCAAUGGACAUAGAUGAAGAAUCGCCGCCAGCGCGCUCCAAUCAGCGUCAUGCACCAACUCAAUCAGACCCAUCCCAUAUUGUACCCAGCUCUACUGCUCGCACCCAGUAUCCCAGUAUUAAUGUGGAUUCAUUUGCUCCCGGGCCAUUCAGGAGCACUAUGCAGAGGCUUGCAGCGCAGAAUAAUUCGAGGAAUGUUUCUCAAGAAGCUCCGACAAUACCUCCUCUCAGUUUUGGGGAAGAUUUGGAAUCUUUCUCUGAAGCUAGAUCCUAUAUAGGAGCAGAGAACCAAGAGAAUACGGUCGGUUCCCCUGAGGUCAGGCAAAUCGUGUGACUGAUUAUUUUCUGUUAGAUUGGUUAUAACCUGGAAGAGCCCCGAGAUUCUAAUCCAUCCUUAAUCCGAGAAAGUCGCAUGCCUUCAUUCGAGAGGGCGCCUUGGCCUAGUCAAACUCCAUCUUCCGUUCGUUCUAGAACUCGCGAAACUUCACGUACAGGCGAUGACAUCCAUGGGGCAA